GUACCCAAGCUCCCCCAAGCGGGCUAGCUCACCUCGCCACAUACUGCGCCACCCCACGUGCGCUUCCGAGGCGGAGAAACAGCGGCGACGCCCAAUGCGGCCUUGCGCACUGCAUCCGUGACACUGGCUCACUGGCUCACUGGCUCACUGGCUCGCUGGCUCGCUGGCUCGCUGGCUCCCCACCAGUUCCAAGCGUGGGUCGUGAACAAGGCAUGGUGGAAGCUUGUCAGCACAAAAUCGUGAGGCUGCACCCACAAUCGCAUGCGGUUUCGCGCGCUGCAGCAGGAAUAUAUAUCCAUAAAGCUGACGAGGCGGCGAUCGUCGAGGCGGCUGCUGGUCGGAUGCGCGCGGUUUCUGGGACGAAUCGAAAUUACCAAGUGCGGCGGCGCGAUUGGCCAGAGAUAAGGGCGCGUCCCAAAUCGGACUGGCGGGGCUCGAGCAAGCAGCGCACCUCGUCGCCUGUCAGUGGCAUGUACUGUGUCUGUACGCACCAAACGCGCUGCCAGUGCCAGUUGCUUCUUCUGUGCGUGUCCUUUGGCUUGCAGUAUAAAAAGGCGCGAGAGCGUGCGCGCGGCCGUCUGUCCAACUUACAGAAGAGCGGCGUGCGUGAGCAGUUGCCCGAAGAAAUUAAAACAUCCACGGUAAUGCGAGCCGCUGAUGCGCGAAGCCAGGAUCUCGCUGCUCCGCGCGAGGCUAGACUGCGACCCGUAGCCCGCCCAGACCGGCCGCCGUUGGACCCUCGCCUUCAAUCUUCGUGAUGUACACUCCAAGUUGUCCUUAAUUCACUCUCCGUCCCAGCCCGUCGCCGUCACCGUCGCCGCCGCGCCUUGAGUCUGCUCACCCUCACCCUCACCCUCACCUACACGCCCCUCGCGCCCGCCCGCUCCUCUCCUGCGCCGUAUCAACCCGACGAUGCGAGUCGCCCAGUCGCCCUGAGCGUACAUUGUGGCCCCGGCGUCUGCUGUACCACCGCGAUCCGUCCCUUAUCGCCCACCGCCUGUACGUCAGCUACCAAUUGCCGCCAACCUCAACACUCGCGAAGA